AUGGCGAUUGACAGCUGAAAUGUUCAGACUGACACGCGGUGCCGUGUUUACAUGUUGACAGCCACUGGGUGAUGUCACGAGAACGCACACGGAUAGAUGAGGUAACGACAACUACCAAAGGGAAAGAAAAGCGACAUGGACACAAUAUCUAAUCUGAAGAAAACCCUGAAGCAUUGGGAAAUCCAGUUCUAUAAAGAACAUAAUAGGAAACCAAAGCAGGAAGACAUUGGAGCAGCACCAGAUAACAUCAAAGCUGCCUAUUCCCAGUACAAUAAACUACGGAAGGAAGACAAGAGAAGGAUAAAUUCAUCUGACUCCAAAGUUGCAGAUAUGAACAAUGAAGCCCAUGAAACUCUAUCUACAAAUAAUUCAACGAAGGGUAUGAAUGGAGAUAGUUCACAUGAUGUGGGUCCUGAUAACGGAGUAACCGCUGAGAUUCAGUGUAAAGAUUGGGAACGUGAAGGGAAGGAGGUGGAACUCGAAAAUGUUUCAAGUGACACAAAUCCAGACAGCCAUAAAAUUGAGAAUAAUGAAGACAUACCACCUUUAGAACCAGAAGUCUGGGGGAAGCAGUUUGAUAAAAAACUUUCAAGUUGUUCAGCAAAGGUGAAGCCAAAGAGUUCAAAUUCAAAGAAAAACAAUACAUACUUGAAAGGCCUUAGCAGUAAAUUAUUUGCAAAUUCCAAACAGAUAGGUGAAAAAGAGGUGAAGGAGCAGGCCUUUGUCUCCAGGCAGUGGAAGCAGUCAAUCCAGCAAAAUGUUUCCAUGGUAACAACAUCUCGAGAUGAGGAGGAGGAAAGUUUUGCUUGUUUUAGUGAUGAGGCAGAUGACACGGACCAAAUGGUUUUUGAUCACGUGAGCAAAGAGACAGAAAACAAAGGUAUGGAAUGCUCCAAGCUUGGUAUGUUUAGGAAAGCUGUCUCUCUGUCUAAUCGGAAAGCCAUCCAAUGUUCCAAACUCUGCUGUAGAUCACCAACCAAGCUGCAUCUAAGAGUGGAGAUCAAGAAACGGAACAGUCACAUAUUACGCCAAUCAGAAAGACGACCCAGAAAUGGACGGGAGAGACAGGUGAUGCCUGUUCCUACACACAAUGUGUCGGUCAAAAAGACUACCCAGAAAUGGACGGGCGAGACGGUGACACCUGACUGUGUUCCUAUGGAAGUUAGUGACUUGAAGGAUGUAGAGGAUGUUCCUGUCAUUUCUAAACAAAACAGGAAGCGAAAGAAAGAUAAAUGUGAAGAUGGUGCUCAGAGGAAAAGGAAAAAAGCAGAAGUUGCUGAAAAUGUAUCCUGUACAGAUGUACCACCGGUUGAUAAAGUAGAUCUCUCCGGAGGUGAAGAUGAUGUCAAACCCAGCAUUGCUCCAAAGAAACAGUCCGCUGCAGGCUCUCGAAGGAAAAUCUCGCAGGACAAUUUUGUACGUCUGAAUAUGAAAGUGAAGACCUAUAAGCGGAAGGGAGGGAAAGGCAUGACUGGACCACAACACAAACGCUUCAUGUGGAAACAAAAGAUGGCCGCUCGCAGUGCCAGUAGGGGAGACAAUUGUUUCAAGUGUGGACAAUCUGGUCACUGGGCAAACAAAUGUCCUGGUGGCUCCUCAAAAUCAGGAAAAAUGGGAAGUGGUGACCGACACGAGGAACCUGUCAAUGAAGAGGAUUUUCCAAGUCUUCAGGAGGCAGCCAUGAUGGCUAAGGGUAUCAAAGUCAAGAGGUCAGAGGUCAAAAAAGAGAAAAAUGUAAAGAAGACAAAAGAGGAUAAAGAGGAAGAAGACGAAGAAGACGAAGAAGAAGUUCAAAUAGAGGCUGGAAUCACCAGGUCAGCUCCGGAGUAUAUGAUAACUCCGCCCCCUUUUUCGCCCUUAAUCGAACCAGGUACCCAAGAAACCCCAGCUGAUGUUUGGAAAGGCCUGAAGAUGUUUGGGUUUGAUGAGUUCAGGAGAGGACAAGAGCAGGCUAUCAUCAGGAUUCUUUCUGGUCAGUCAACUCUGGUUGUCCUAUCGACUGGCGGAGGUAAAUCUCUAUGUUACCAGUUACCAGCCUACCUUUAUGCCCAGCGCUCCAAGAGUAUUACCUUAGUGAUAUCACCGUUAGUUUCACUAAUGGAGGACCAGAUCACAGGUCUACCUGCUGGACUACAUGGGGCCUGUCUCCACACUAAUAUGACCCCUGCCCAGAGGGAAGGAGUACUGGCCUCUGUUAAAGAUGGGCGUGUCCACUUCCUGUUGGUGUCUCCGGAAGCAGUGGCUGGUGGCAGUAUGACUCUGCUAAACUCUCGUGCAAAUCUGCCACCGAUCUCCUUUGUGUGUAUAGACGAGGCUCACUGUCUGUCAGAAUGGUCACAUAACUUUCGACCUGCCUACCUCCGCCUCUGUAAGGUUCUACGUGACAAAUUUGGUGUACAUUGUUUCCUUGGUUUGACUGCUACUGCCACACAGUCCACUGCUGCUGAUGUUGCUAAGCACAUCGGCAUCGAAGAUUGUGAUGAGGCGAUAAUCCGGGGCCCACCAGUACCUAGGAACCUCUUCCUGUCGGUAUCGCGGGAUGAGGAUAGAGAUCAGUCUCUGAUCGGGAUGCUACAGGGGAAGAGAUUUAGUGACUGUGAGUCUAUCAUCAUCUACUGUACUCGACGUGAACAGACCGAGCGACUUGCUACACUAAUCAGGACAUGUCUGAAGGAAGAAAAGUCUCAGGAGUGGGAGGAUGGCCUUAGUAAAAAGAAAGGAGGAAGGAAAAAAUAUGCUUUCUGGGAUGCAGAGAGUUACCAUGCAGGUUUAACUCCAGCUCAACGCAAGAGAGUCCAAAAUGCUUUUAUGUCUGGGCGACUGAGGGUUGUUGUGGCGACAGUGGCCUUUGGUAUGGGUCUGGAUAAGUCCAAUGUCCGUGGAGUCAUCCAUUAUAAUCUCCCGAAGAGUUUUGAGAGCUAUGUUCAGGAGAUUGGUCGAGCAGGAAGGGAUGGAAGAGACUCCCAUUGUCACCUAUUCUUGGACUCGGAGGGAAAAGACCUGUGUGAACUGCGCCGUCACACCUAUGCCAAUACUGUUGACUAUCGCACUCUGAAAAGGUUCAUUCAGCACAUCUUUGUACCCUGUCACUGUAAGGCUGUACAAAAACUUCAACAACAGGCUCAAAGGGAGAAGGAAGAAUUUGAGCAAGCUGCUAAGAUUUUUGCAACAGACUGGGAUGAAGAAGAUGAACAAACACAAGGGGAGGAGACUAGAAAACAAACACCAGGUGGAGACACUGAUAAACCAACACCAGGGGGAGACACUGGUGUACAAACACCAGGUGGAGACACUGAUGUACAAACACUAGGGAGAGACACUGGUGUACCAACACCAGGGGGAGACACUGGUGUACCAACACCAGGUGGAGACACUGAUAUACCAACACCAGGGGGAGACACUGAUGUACCAACACCAGGGGGAGACACUGGUGUAUCAACAAAGCCUCGGCUUUGUCUGGGUCAUGAGAGAGCCAUGCCUAUAGAGGACACUGUCACAAGUAUGGAUGUGAAGGAGGAAGGACUAUGUACACUGAUGUGUUAUUUGGAGAACCAUUCUCAGAUGUGGCUAUCAUCCAUGUCAAAUAUUUACGUCAACUGUCAUAUACAGUGUUAUGGUGGCCCCAGCCAGUUACAGAAACUGGCAAAGAAGUGUCCACCUAUUGCCGUGGCAAUUGCAAAGGCUAAGAAGAGUGGAAAGACCUUCAGUGACACUAACAGCCUGUCUUUUUCUGUCGUGGAGGUCAGUGACUGUAUGGGCUGGGCAUCCGGGCCGGUCAAGCAAGAGCUUAAGACACUAGCUUGGGACUUCAACCAACCAGGUUCCACAGGUCCAGUUAGAAGUGGAGUACUUGUGGAGUUUUCCGACCUUGCAUUUCACUUUCGCUCACCUGGUGAUCUUGAGGACGAAGAGAUGGAUGAUGUUCUUCAGUUCUUACAUGACAGAGUCCAGACCCAGGAGAAAACUGAGUUACAACAGCUGAAGUACCUACACAACACUCUCAGAAGUGUUUCCCACAAAAACUACUGGAUGUGCUCAGACGAAUUUGACAAAAGGAAAGAUGAGAAAUUGAAGGUGGUUAUUGUGGACUACUUUCAGGAACAGACAUUGUUAAAGAAGGCCCAACAGGAAGCAGAUGACACACCAGAGGUUCCACAAUAUGAGCUGGGACAACUUGUGUCAGACAUUCGUCAAUUUGUGAACGUUUACGGUACAGAGCACAAGCUUAAUGGUCGAGCGAUUGCCAGAGUGUUCCACGGAAUUGGUAGUCCCUGCUUCCCUGCCAAUGUGUGGGGACGAAACCGUCGCUAUUGGCGAGCAUACAUGAACAUUGACUUUAAUUUGGUGGUGAAGACAGCGACUAAGGAGCUAAUCAGUAUGAGGUGACCCCUUCCUAACUCUCAACCAACACAAACACUUGGUAUGGACUAAUUGGGUUUGUAACAGCUCCUCCUUUAUGCAGACUGCCGACUUGUCUAAAUUAAUUGCCAGAAUAUGUCAACACUGGAUGAAAAGAUGUUGACAUUAUGUCGACACACACUGCCAUAUUACUCCAAGAGAUGUUUGUGCCAUCAUAUAACAGGUAUAAUCGGCUCAACUUUUAAUCGUGUUUCGUCGUUAACUUGCCACAGCUUGUACAAUAUUAAAAUAUCAACAUUUUGAAGUAAACCAUAAAAAGGCAUCAGAAACAAGAGUGUGAGGAAAUAGAUCAGGAAAAAAUGCAUAUCAAUGUCUGAUUCUGCUUGAGAUGGGUGUGUACCAGUCAUGUGAUGGGUGUGUACUAGUCAUGUGAUGGGUGUGUACCAGUCAUGUGAUGGGU